AUGGAAGAAAGAGAACAAUUCGGAGAAGACUGCGUCGAUGCUGGUGCAGUCAACUGUACCGAUAACGCGGGCUGCCGAUACGAAGAGACUUGUGAGUCGGGUACAUGCACCUGUCCAGCUAAUUUAACCUGUGACGGAGUCAACUGUACCGAUAACGCGGGUUGCCGAUACGAAGAGACUUGUGAGUCGGGUACGUGCACCUGUCCAGCUAAUUUAACCUGUGGCGGAGUCAACUGUACCGAUAACGCGGGUUGCCGAUACGAAGAGACUUGUGAGUCGGGUACAUGCACCUGUCCAGCUAAUUUAACCUGUGACGGAGUCACCUGUACCGUUGACGCGGGUUGCGAGAACGGAAAGACUUGUGAGUCGGGUACGUGCACCUGUCCAGCUAAUUUAACCUGUGGCGGAGUCAACUGUACCGAUAACGCGGGUUGCCGAUACGAAGAGACUUGUGAGUCGGGUACAUGCACCUGUCCAGCUGGUUCAACCUGUGACGGAGUCACCUGUACCGUUGACGCGGGUUGCGAGAACGGAAAGACUUGUGAGUCGGGUACAUGCACCUGUCCAGCUAAUUUAACCUGUGACGGAGUCAACUGUACCGAUAACGCGGGUUGCCGAUACGAAGAGACUUGUGAGUCGGGUACAUGCACCUGUCCAGCUGGUUCAACCUGUGACGGAGUCAACUGUACCGAUAACGCGGGUUGCCGAUACGAAGAGACUUGUGAGUCGGGUACAUGCACCUGUCCAGCUGGUUCAACCUGUGACGGAGUCACCUGUACCGUUGACGCGGGUUGCGAGAACGGAAAGACUUGUGAGUCGGGUACGUGCACCUGUCCAGCUAAUUUAACCUGUGGCGGAGUCAACUGUACCGAUAACGCGGGUUGCCGAUACGAAGAGACUUGUGAGUCGGGUACAUGCACCUGUCCAGCUAAUUUAACCUGUGACGGAGUCACCUGUACCGUUGACGCGGGUUGCGAGAACGGAAAGACUUGUGAGUCGGGUACAUGCACCUGUCCAGCUAAUUUAACCUGUGACGGAGUCACCUGUACCGUUGACGCGGGUUGCGAGAACGGAAAGACUUGUGAGUCGGGUACAUGCACCUGUCCAGCUAAUUUAACCUGUGACGGAGUCAACUGUACCGAUAACGCGGGUUGCCGAUACGAAGAGACUUGUGAGUCGGGUACAUGCACCUGUCCAGCUGGUUCAACCUGUGACGGAGUCACCUGUACCGUUGACGCGGGUUGCGAGAACGGAAAGACUUGUGAGUCGGGUACGUGCACCUGUCCAGCUAAUUUAACCUGUGGCGGAGAGUUGAGCUCAGUAAGUGCCGCGAUCAAAGUCAGUGGGGUAGAAUAUACAAGUGCAUUGGGUGACACUUCUACACCUGAGUUCAUGGAACACGCUGAACUGUGGGAAGAAAGGAUCGCUGGCGGUUACUGCAAUGCUACAGCCGAUUUAGGGAACGGCACUGCUUGCCAAAUCAUGGUGAAUGUAACAGGAUUCUCCAAUGGUUCUCUGGUAGUUCAUUUCACUGCUGUGUUUGAGAGCUCCGUGGGUUCCACUCUGAAUGCAUUUGAGAUCCAAAUCUUGGACGCAAACGGAAUUCCCUACGAUACAACGGUUUCUGGUGUAACUCGUGAGUAUAACACACACAUGGCUACCAAAAUGUGGUAG